AUGCCCGGAGCCAGCGCACCCUGUCAACUGUCCAAGAAGGCGAUCAAGCGCAAGCUGCAACGACGCAACCGGGAGCGCUACCUCGAGCUGCGCGCGAUGCUCACGCAGCGGAUCCUCGAGCUCGAGGGCGUCAUUGAGCUGCGCCGCGCAGUCCCUGCCCUUUCAUGGCAGGACGUGGCCGACGAGCUGCGCUGGGAGUGUGCACGCAGCUGCCUCGAAAACUUGCAGCUGCGGCACCGCGUCAACCAGUGCGACGGUCUUGUCGUGGCUUUGACCCACGUCACAGUUGUCCAAGGCAUGACCGCUCUACCGCACUGUCCGUAG